UGUGCACUGCAGAGAUGGGCCAGGACAAUGUGUGUGUAGUUCCAGUCAAAAUCAGUCAUCACUUUCUGUGCAAGGGAGAGGGGGGCGGUCAGUGUGUGUGUGUGUGUGUGUGUGUGCGUGUGAGGGAUGGUAUUCCUGCUGCUCUCGCUCCACCAGUUAAGUCCAAUCGGAGGCAGUCGGUCGGCGGCACGCGGCGGUGGUCUCUUUCGGGUGGGAAUCUCCCAGCAUCAGCAGCCUUCAGGACUGGCUGAGGCCCUCGCCCAAGGCCUGUAUUAGUCACCACAAGCACCCUGCAGACAGAGACCCCCCCUCGUGUUUAAACAUCCCUGGAUCUGGCAGUGAAAAAGGGAAAAUGGAGAAUGUCACAGCAGGGGCGACCAAGGGGAUAAACCUGACAUGCGGCAUGUCUGGACACCACAAAUUCAUCUUCACGCUGGUGCCCAUCGUCUACGGCUGCAAUUUUGUCAUCGGCAUCGUGGGGAACAGCAUGGUGGUGGCCGUCAUCUACUGCUACAUGAAGCUGAAGACGGUGGCCAACAUAUUUGUGCUCAAUCUGGCCGUGUCUGACCUCACCUUCCUCAUGACGCUGCCCAUGUGGGCCACCUUCGCCGCCACGGGCUACCACUGGCCCUUCGGGGGAUUCCUGUGCAAAACCAGCGCAGGCUUGGUCAUGUUCAACCUCUACACCAGCACCUUCUUCCUCACAGCGCUCAGCAUCGACCGCUACUUGGCCAUCGUGCACCCGGUGAGGUCGCGGCGCUUCCGCACGGUGGUGUACGCCCGCAUCACCUGCGUGGUCAUCUGGCUGUUCGCCUUCGUGCUCAGCGUGCCCACGGCGCUGACGCGAGACGUGCAUGACAUCACCAACUCCAACACCACCGUGUGCGGCAUCCUGCACGAGACCACGGAGAACCGUGUGAGGCUGAAGGAGCUCCUGCUGGCCAUCAGUCUCAUGAAGAGCCUGCUGGGCUUCCUGGUGCCAUUCAUCAUCAUCAUCACCUGCUACUGUUUCAUCGGGCGGGCGCUACGGGGGGCCAGACAAAUCCAGAAAAGCUCGCGUUCGCGCGACGACGAAGUGCUGCGCAUGCUGGCCGCUGCCGUGCUGGCCUUCUUCCUGUGCUGGAUGCCCCAUCAGGUGUUCCACUUCCUUCAGGUGCUCACCCAGCUCAUCCUGGUGGAGAACUGCACCGUCCUGGAGAUCAUCGACACCGCCAUGCCCUUCACCAUCUGCCUGGCCUACUUAAACAGCUGCGUCAACCCCAUCGUUUACGGCUUCGUGGGACGAAACUUUCGCAAGAACUUGUUGCGCCUGUUGCGCUGCUCGCCCGGCGGGGCUCCGGGGCCUCACCCGAGCAUUAGCUCCAAGAUGAGCGCCCUCUCUUUCAGAGCCUCCGAGGCGCUGAGCCUAACUGCCAAGAGCAAGGCCUCUGCUGAUGGCAAGUAGCAGGAACACCAUCGCGCCCGUUCUGGUUUGCGGCCAACGAAGAAUAAGACAUUCCAUGGUUGGAAAACCCCAACACUCCAAGCACUGAAGCAUGCAAACAGACUGUUGUGAUGUCCUGCAGGGUUCCUGAGAUAUCUAGAAGAAAUAUGUGCCACCAGCUGUAACAACCGUACAUUUGCAUGCACCACGAGGAUGCGGUUUUGUGUUUUCCAGUUUUGUCCGCUCAGCAACUCAUACACCAAACAAGUCUGCUUUUGUGCAGAACUGUACCUGUUAGGGGUGUCACCAGAUCCCAUGUCACAAGAUGUCACGAGAUUAAAACGUGACAACAUUUCUCAAUCAGAAAAAAAAAAUGUCCCGUGGGCACUAGGCCCGAAUUAAUGAAUCACACAAUAAAUGAAAAUCAACCCGAUAAUUUUGCCCGCCUCAAUAUAUCGUCAUGUGCAUGCGUGUCUGUUUUCCUCGUCUCCCACCUCCAAACAGGCAGGAAGAGGGUUCACUCUGAGCAUAGCUUGCAGCACCUUGGUGUGUUUGUUCCAUAGAACAACAGCAUGAACGGAGUGAGCCCUUUUGUCAGUCAUACGGUCUCUUUGUCUCAGUGGGUGGAGGCGGGGCUGCUAGCAUACACACAAAAGAGUGCAACGUAGUAGAAAUUAAAUGAGUAGAUUGCAAUACAUUGUCAAAUUUUUUUCAUCCUUUUUUUCGUGCUUUUCCAAAAAGUAUUGUUAAAAUCUCGUCUUGUCUCGUAGACCCAGUCUCAUGCAUCGUCUCGUCAUGUGACACCCCCAGAAACUGUGCUGUAAAUGAAUAUGACAUGAAGAUAGUGUGUUGUGGUAUUUGUACGGUCUAAUAUGCUCCUGGUAAAUGUGUUUGACUCAUAAACAAGUCUGGUCAUGUAGAUAAAACCCUGUUGUUCAUAUGGGUGGUUGUCUUUGUGCUAUUUAAAUAUGUUGAUACUGUUUUCUAUAGUCCACGUGUACAGUUGUGAAUAUGUGGAAAUAUGAAUAAAAUGUCUUGUG